CGUCGCUAUCGAGAUAAGAGGUUACGAUAAAUUUCUUCUCCUCGAUUUCAACAAGAAUCGUGUCCAAAAGAAUACUGAAUCCAAUUCUACCAUUGUCCACGAUGCCGAAACCAUCAUCGAAAGGCCUGUUCAGCAAAGAGACGAAAAAGUAUUUGAUGAGCACGCACUUCUGGGGCCCGGUGUUCAACUGGAUGAUACCCAUAGCGGCCAUAGCCGACACGCAAAAGCAUCCGAGAAUCAUUAGCGGCAAAAUGACUUUGGCACUGGCCCUCUACUCCAUGGUAUUCAUGAGGUUCGCGUGGAAGGUCCAGCCAAGAAAUUUGUUGCUGUUAGCGUGCCACCUAGUCAAUACCUCUGCACAACUCGCACAGGGUUACAGAUACAUCGACUACCACUACCUCUCGCAGCAGAACUCUGUGAAAGAAUAG